AUGCUCCCUAUGGGGGAUGUGAAUGUGGUGGCAUACAGUUUUGAUAAUGCUGGUCGUUGGUAUAUCGCUGGUACUCAAUCCGAUGGGAAGUCGAGGCUGUGGAGGACAUCAUGUGACCUGUCGUCCUAUGAAGUUUUGGCUGAACAUCCGAUUACCGACAUAGAAGCGAACCCUGAUGGUUCUGAAGUCUACGCCAUCAGUGAGGAGAGGGUGAUUGUCAUCAGUACUUUGGUCUACAACAGCAUUAGAGUUAUUGCUAAUGAUAAUAUGUACUUGGGGUACACUGGCCUUGCAUAUGCAGCUGGAAACCCCGACAGGUUGUAUGUGACUGCCAACACUUGGAAUGGCGUCUUCGGUUUCGAACGUAUUCCUUAUGGUACCGGUUGGAAGACACUUGGUUGGGUUGCCGGUUCUCAAGUGAGUCUCCCUAAUAAUUUACUUAUUAGGGGUAUCCCUUAUGAUAGUCCUGAGGGUCUCAACAAACCUACGAGCAUCCGUUAUUUGGCACCUUAUAUGUACAUUCGUGUUGACACUGGUGUCACUGCUUGGUUGCCAUACUCUUAUCAGGCCUCGAAAAUGUACGUCAAUCUUGCCAUCCCUGGUACUGAAGGCUUUACUGUUACGCCUGAUAAUUAUCUCUAUUAUAGACAUGGUGAGGACGCUGUUUACAGGAAGCCUUUGGAUGAACCAACUUCUGAGGGUGAAUUGUAUGCUGGUGGAUGUGGUUGUGGCUUGGAUGAUAAUCAGAUAUGUACAGCGAACAAGGGCAACUUGGUCAAUUUCGUCCCUAAUGAUGGUCAAAUUGUGAUGCAGGAUUACAACACUCAAGUUGACUUCCGUUUCCUUGGUUGGUGUCAAUGCCCAUCUGCGACUACGGGUUUACCGGUCACUACGGCUGAGACCACUACUGCUGCUGUUGAGACCAGUACUGCUGCUGUUGAGACCACUACUGCUGCUGUUGAGACCACUACUGCUGCUGUCGAGACCACUACUGCUGCUGUCGAGACCACUACUGCUGCUGUUGAGACCACUACUGCUCCUGUUGAGACCACCACUGCUGCUGUUGAGACCACUACUGCUGCUGUUGAGACCACCACUGCUGCUGUUGAGACCACUACUACUGCUGUUGAGACCACUACUGCUGCUGUUGAGACCACCACUGCUGCUGUCGAGACCACCACUGCUGCUGUCGAGACCACCACUGCUGCUGUCGAGACCACCACUGCUGCUGUCGAGACCACCACCGAAGCAGUUCGGACUACUACUGCCGAGGCUGUGGUUACUACUGCUGCAAGUUCGGAUUCAUGUGCCGCUGGUAAUGCUUAUUGUAAUUCUGUCUGGAGUGGAACCUACUGUAAAUCGUGGCAACAUCCGAGCGUCUGUUCGGAGACUAAUCUACCAUGUAGUUGUGAUGAAGUAGUUCCCACUACCACCAAGGCUUCUCAUCAGACAACCGGAUCUUCUCAGACCAGUGCUGACCACACUCCAGUUGUGACUACAUCUUCACUUCAGUGCGAUCCUUUCUGUAAUUCUAUCGAGGCCGGUAGCUACUGCAAGUAUUGGGAAGUGCCCAGCAUCUGUUCUGGUACCCUCAUCCCGUGUAAUUGCUAG